UGUGUCUGACAGAGGAGGCAGCCCAGCCUCUGAGAGGCCAGACGUCAGACAGGCUGGGGACGGUGAUCCUGGACAUCACCAAGACAGAGAGCAUCUCUGCGACUGCCCAGUGGGUGAAGGAGCGUGUGGGGAACAGAGCUUAUCAGAAGAACCUCUUCUCUCCCCGCUGCCUGCCAACGUUGAGACCUUGGAGCUCUGGACUUUUGGGGAGAGUGUGACCUGAUGAGGAUUUGCCUUCCCAGAAUUCCCCUUUACGGUGCCCUCUCUCAGCAGAAGUUCUGGAUUUCUUGAUGCUGAGUGUCUCGGGAGGCUCACUUCCUGGAGGAGUUGCUGAGACAGGGGACCUGGCCUAAAGGAGGGAGCUCUCCUACUUCGGAGUGAAGAUGUGAUUGAGCCUGGUUACUUCAAAACUAAUAUCAGCAGCCCUGAAAAGAUUUCUAGGGCCACCCAGGAGGCAUGGGAUCAGACCAGCCUGGAGGUGAAGGAGAUCUAUGGGGAGAAGUUCCUGGCGUCUGGGCGCCACUGGAGAUCUCAGUGCAGAGAUUCGCAGCAACCAGUCUCCAUCCCCCUGGGGCCUCUGCAGGCUUUCUAGUUCGAGCCCCCACAGCUCCCAGCCUGUGCGUUACCUGCAAAGCCAUGUGGCUAUGCCUGGUGGCGCUUGUGGGCCUCUACUUCUUCCUGCGCUGGUACCGGGAGAGGCAGGUGGUGAGCCACCUCCAAGACAAGUUCGUCUUCAUCACAGGCUGUGACUCGGGCUUUGGGAACCUGCUGGCCCGGCAACUGGACCUGCGAGGCUUGAGGGUGCUGGCCGCGUGUCUGACGGAGGAGGGGGCCCAGCAGCUGAGAGGCCAGACGUCAGACAGGCUGGAGACGGUGAUCCUGGACGUCACCAAGACAGAGAGCAUCUCGGCGGCCGCCCAGUGGGUGAAGGAGCGAGUGGGGGACAGAGGACUCUGGGGCCUGGUGAAUAACGCUGGCGUCUCUGUGCCCACGGCACCCAAUGAGUGGCUGACCAAGCAUGACUUCAUGAAGAUACUCGACGUGAACCUGUUGGGCUUGUUGGAGGUGACCCUGAGCCUGCUGUCGCUAGUGAGGAAGGCGAGGGGCCGCGUGGUCAAUGUCUCCAGCAUCAUGGGCCGGCUCUCCGUUUUGGGUGGGGGCUACUGCAUCUCCAAGUAUGGCGUUGAGGCCUUCUCAGACUCCCUCAGGAGGGAGCUCUCCUACUUUGGAGUGAAGGUAGCUGUGAUCGAGCCUGGUUACUUCAGCACUAACAUCAGCAGCCCUGAGAAGAUUUCUAGGGCCACCCAGGAGGCAUGGGAUCAGGCCAGCCCAGAGGUGAAGGAGAUCUAUGGGGAGAAGUUCCUGGCAUCUUUCAAGAAAUCAAUCGAAAAGCUGGAGUCAUUGUGUUGCAACAACCUGUACUUGGUGACAGACUGCAUGGAGCACGCACUGACGGCCCGCCACCCCCGUACCCGGUACUCCCCAGGCUGGGACGCCAAGCUCUUCUACCUCCCCAUGAGCUACAUGCCCACCGUGCUGGUGGAUGCCAUCAUUUCCUGGAGCUCCCUGAAGCCCCUUAAGGCUCUGUAACCCAAGCUACAGUGCAUGGAUGGACACAGCCUGGGGGAGUUAAUGUCCCUCUCCACUGAAGAUACCUGUGAUAGAAUGGAGAUGUGUAUGAUGACCCCAGCCUGCGCCAUUAGCCUGAGGUGCCAACUCCCAGACCUUGGCUGAAAGGACACGUCUAUAAUUGGGAUCAUGACACAGGACACAGAAACCAGUUACCGGCUUUCAGUUGGUUGGCUCAAUCGGUUAAGUGUCUGCCUUUGACUCAGGUCAUGAUCCCAGAGUCCUGGGAUCAAGCCUCCUGGUUGGGCGCUCUGCUCAGCGGGGAGUCUGCUUCUCCCUCUCCCUCUGGUUGCCACUCCCCCUGCUUGUGUGCUCUCUGUCUCUCAAGCAAAUAAAUAAAAAGAAAGAAAGAAUGGAAGGAAGGAACGAACGAACAAAUGAACAAA